AUGAGGCCGGGUGGCAAGGCAGCCGCUGUGUGGCGCAUCUUGCUGUCCUCAUUCUUGUGGACAGCUGUCCUCGCCAAGGAUGAGCCAUCCAUGACGGUCAACACGUUUGAAAAUCCGCCUUUGAAUAUCAACUACUUCGAGGACAGUGACGUUGUCAUAUUCGAAGACAAGAUCGAAGGCAAUGUCUACCGAUCAGCAGACGCAGGCGUCUCAUGGAAACGAGUCGAUUCCGUACCGGAUGGCAAAGUUCUCGAGCUCAUUAUGCAUCCGUUUGACAAGAAAAGGGCCUAUAUAAUUACCCCUAGCAAAACUCAAUUCCGAACCGAAGAUCGGGGAGAGACGUGGGCCAGGUUCAACACAAAAGCCCUUCCCAGCAAGUUCCAGCCCGAGGUCAUGGUCUUCAACGCCGGCGAUCCCGAUCGAAUCAUAUUCAACGCGAUGGACUGCGACGGCAUCUUUUGUGACGAGCAGUCAAUGUAUACCAUCGAUGGUUUCAAGAAGACCCAAGCCCUUCGUGUCAGCACGACGGGGUGUUGGUGGGCCAAGUCAUCCCCCGAAUUUACCACUGGCGAACCCGAAAAGGAUAAGUCGCGAGUGCUCUGCAUCGUUAGAGAUUCGAUAUCUUUCUUUCGGCAAGAACAGAAACUUGUUGUUUCCGAUGAUUUCUUUGCCGUUAAAGACAAGCACAUCCAAGAAUUCGAACCAAACAUCGAAACGAACAAAGGCGUCACCGGGUUCCUCAACUUGGCUGUGGUUAAGAAGUACCUACUGGUGGCUACCUCCUCCCCACAUAGCGACGAGAUGGCCCUCUAUGUAAGUGACGACACGAAAAAGUGGCACCGAGCCAUGUUCCCCAAGGACGACAGCCAUGACCACUCGCAUAGAAUCAAUCAAGGCGCAUAUACUGUCCUGGAAGGCACAAACUAUAGCAUUCAGGUUGACGUCAUGACUUCUCAUCCUUCACGGCCCAUGGGUGUCCUAUUUACCAGUAAUUCGAAUGGCACCUACUUCACCGAGAAUAUCCCAUACACCAAUCGCAAUACCAAAGGCAAUGUUGAUUUUGAAAAGAUCUCUGGUAUCCAGGGCAUCUUUCUUGUGAACACCGUCAAGAACGGUGCAGAAGUAGCAAAGGAGAAGAAGGACAAGAUUAUCGUGAGCCAUAUCACCUUUGACGAUGGCCGGACAUUUUCGGAAAUCAAGUCUGGUAACGACAGACUACAUCUGCAUUCGGUUACGGAGUUGGACAACAUGGGCCGCGUCUUCUCCAGUCCUGCGCCAGGUUUGGUCAUGGGAAACGGCAAUACGGGUGAAUCUCUGGGAAGGUUUGCCGACGCCAAUCUGUACGUCUCGGACAGUGCUGGGUCGACAUGGAAGAAAGCUCUGGAUGGGCCCCACAAGUACGAAUUCGGCGACUCGGGUUCAAUCUUAAUCGCCAUCAAGGACUCAGAUAAGCCGGACAUCAAAGAAUUCUCAUAUUCACUCGACCAUGGAGAUAAUUGGAAGAAUGUGCCCUUACCUAAGGAUCUCAGUAUUAAGCCGGACGUGUUAAUUACUACUCAGGAUUCCACCAGUCUAAAGUUCCUGCUUUUGGGUGAAAGGGAUCGCACCUUUCACAUGAUUGCUAUUGACUUUGAAGGGCUCAAAGAGCGAACUUGUGAGGACGGGGAUUUGGAAGACUGGCACGCCAGAGUUGACAAAGACGGCAACCCCAGCUGCAUCAUGGGCCACAAGCAAACAUAUUCUCGCCGCAAGAAAUCCGCAGACUGCUUCAUCAAGAAGCCGUUCGAGGACCCCGUCCCCAAGACAGAGGACUGCGAAUGUACCGAUGCCGACUUCGAAUGCGACUACAAUUUCCAGAGGGACAAAGACAAUAAGUGUGUACUGGCGGGUCCCAUCCCUGUGCCCAGUGAGGAGUGCAAGAACAAUCCCGAUGGCACGUUUAAGGGUUCAUCCGGCUGGAGGCUUAUUCCCGGCAACACAUGCAAAAGAAAGAGUGGUGAGCAAAAGGACGACAAGGUCGAGCGAAAGUGCUCUGAAGGCGACACAAAGCCCUCACAGCCACCUGCUACUGGGGAGGUUACUUUGAAGCAGAAAAUCUUUGACUUUAGCCACGACAGAUUUGAGAAGAUAUAUCUCGAGAAGGGUGAUGCGAGCACCUCCACAGACGAGACUGUCAUUUUGUGGCCAGCAUCAGAUGGGAACCAAAUUUGGCUUUCUCACGAUCAUGGCAAGGAGUGGAAGCAGAUUCUCAAGGGAGAAAAUGUUCACGGCAUUUUCCCACACCACUACUUUAAUGAUGUCGUUUACUUUACAACUGACGACAGGAAAAUCAUUUACACCGUUGACCGUGGACAAUCCUUCCACACCUUUAAAGCCCCAUCAAAACCAAAGACGGGCGCAAUGCCUUUCGCAUUCCACCCAGAUAAGAAGGACUGGCUACUGUGGAUGGGUGAGACAUGCGAGAAGGUCGGGGGGAAGGAGUCUUGUUUCCCCGAAGUAUCUGUUUCAAGAGAUCGUGGGGAUAACUGGAAGACGCUGCGACGUUAUGCAGAGAAGUGCGAGUUUACUGGUAGCUCUGCAUACAAAUUCCGCGACGAGAAGCAGAUCCUUUGUCUUGUCAACAUCGAAGAGCGUAUGGAUUCCAACCUCACCGUCAUUACGAGCGACAACUUUUUCUACGAUGAGCCAGUCAAAUUCGAUGGGCAAGUAAUCAACUUUGCAACCAUGAGCGAGUUCAUACUUCUAGCUAGCAAGGAUCCUGAGACUGGCGCCACACGUGCGGUUGCCAGCAUGGAUGGCAAGAAUUUCGAGGUGGCACGUUAUCCCCACAACUUUCACGAGGGACAUAAUGACGAUUACACAGUUCUGGACAGCUCUACGCAUGCCGUCAAUCUCUUUGUUCGUUCAGAGGCUGGCGCUGGCCGCCUGUAUGGCUCGAUCAUUAAGAGCAACUCCAAUGGCACAUCUUAUGUCGUUAGCGCUGCAAAUGUCAACAGCGAUGCGGACAUGUAUGUCGACUUUGAAAAGGUUGCCGGGCUGGAAGGGGUAGCUCUGAUUAAUGUAGUCACCAACGCAGACAACAAGAAGGAGACGACGAAUACGUUGCAGACCAAGGUUUCGCACAACGAUGGAUCACAGUGGGGAUACCUGCCGCCUCCCGCAAAGGACGUAGAAGGCAAAUCGUACUCUUGCAGCAGUGCCAAGGGAGGCAGCAAGUGCGCCCUUCACUUGCACCACUACACGGAGCGCGACGAUAAGCAGCGGACGUUUGCCGCGGACACUGCUGUGGGAUUCAUUUUUGGCGUUGGCAAUGUUGGGUCCAGCCUGGGUGACAUCAAGGACGCCGAUACCUUCUUGAGUACUGACGGGGGCAUCACCUGGACAAACGUAAAGAAGGGACACUGGACUUGGCAGUACGGUGAUCAAGGAUCUAUCAUGGUUCUUGUUCAACGAGCCACUCGCAAGAAUGAUGUCAAAACCAAGAUUGUGUCCUACUCCACCGACGAAGGCAAGACCUGGAAAGACAUGGAGUUCUUCGAGAGCGAAGUCACCGUUUUGGAUAUUACGACGCUUAAAUCGGGAACCUCUCGAAACUUUCUUUUAUGGUGUCGAGACAAAGACAAGAUGAUUACGGUUAACCUCGAUUUCAGCGGCCUCGCAGACAAGCCAUGCAAAUAUAACAAAGAUUCAGCAGCUGAGUCGGAUUAUACAUUGUGGGGACCCCAACAUCCACUACAAGCCGAUAACUGCCUGUUUGGCCAUGAAGCCAAGUACCUUCGCAAGAAGACUGAUCGCAAAUGCUACAACAAGGAGAAUCUCAAGCGCUUGGUGGAGUUUAAAAAUUGCCCCUGUAAACGAGAGGACUUCGAGUGCGCCUACAAUUUUGAGUUGGAAGAUUCUGAUUCUCAGCAGUGCCGACUGGUUAAGGGCUACCAACCUCUGUCGGGCAAGGAGUGGUGCUCCAAAAAUCCAAACGCAACCUCAUACUUUGACCCAACAGGUUACCGUCGAAUCCCUCUCUCCACCUGUGAAGGCGGCAGGGAACUGGACAAGGCAUCUGAGGAACAUCCGUGUGAAGGCCACGAGGACGAAUUUGAGAGGAAGCACCGAACCUCAGGCUUGGCGAUAUUCUUUGCCGUGGUGAUCCCAUUCACAUUGGCGGGGGCCAUUGGCUGGUGGGUUUAUCGUAACUGGGACGGCAAAUUCGGCCAGAUUCGACUAGGCGACACAUCUUCCACUUUUGACAGCGACCGGCCAUGGGUUAAGUACCCCGUCAUUGCGGUAUCGGCUGUGGUGGCAGUAGUGGCAACCUUACCUCUUCUCGUCGGUGGUCUCUGGCGAUCCGCGACGGGCUCAUACAGCCGUAUACGUGGCGGUAGCGGACGAGGCUGGUUCUCUAGUGGGAACCGACGGUUUACGACUAGGGACAGCUUCGCACGGGGCCGUGGUGACUAUGCCGUUGUCGAUGAUGACGAAGGGGAGCUGCUAGGGGACGAUAGUGAUGAUGAGGUAUGA